AUGAGUAUCAAUUACAUGUUAUCCUGGAUGCCGGAAGAGUUUGCGAGGCUGAACAGGGCAAGGUCUAGUAUCAUGUGCCAUUUCACCAAGAAGAGUUUGCAGCGUCAGUACAAGCCAACCGGUCAGCGACUCCGCAACGCGGUGGACUACCGCAACUACACCCCCGCAGUUCUGACACCGGUGAAGAAUCAGGGUUCUUGUGGAAAUUGUUGGGUCCAUGCUGCGGUGGAAGGGGUGGAGACGCUUUACGUCAUUUCAACUGAAAGGUUUCACGUGAUGAGCCAGCAGGGAUUGACUACUUGUGUAUCCAGCCCAUACGAGUGCGGUGGGAUAGGUGGUUGCCACAGUGCUACAGAAGAUUUCGUCCACCACUAUACUAGAAAUGGCAUUACAACAGUGGGAAUAUUCCUACACGUCGCCCGGGUCAACCACUACAUGAAGCUUCUAGCCAACAAUUAG